AUGGAGGCUUUACAGAAAAUAGUUCCUGGCGAGCUAUAUGAUGCCAAUUACGACCCACAGAUCCUAGAGAUUCGCAGACAGGCAAAAAUCAAAAUUCAUGAAAUCAACCAUUUGAGCCCAGCCGAAGGCGAGAAACGGGAAUCCAUGAUCAGAGAGCUGUUUGGCAGCGUGGGUAAAAACCUGGUUAUUGAAUCGCCCUUCUACUGUGAUUACGGCCCGAAUAUUCAUAUCGGUGACGAUGUAGCCAUCAACCAUAACUUGGUGAUUUUGGAUGGAGCAGAGGUGAGGAUCGGCAAUUCCGUUUUUAUUGCCCCCAACGUCGGACUAUACACAGCUGGCCACCCGAUUGAUGUUGAGAGACGCUCAAAAGGACUAGAGUUCGCAAGCCCUAUAAUAAUUGAAGACUACGUUUGGAUUGGCGGAGGCGUAUCCAUUGUCCCUGGCGUCACAAUCAAAAAAGGCUCUGUGAUCGCUGCCGGAAGCGUAGUUAUAAGAGACAUCCCGGAAGGAGUGGUAGCAGGCGGAAACCCUUGUAAAGUCAUUCGGAAAAUAACCGAUGAGGAUAAGAAAACUACCAAUUUCAUAAAGCGUCAGUGA